AUGCCUACUGUUUAUACGAUGGUUAAUCUUUUACAGGUUGGGUGUUAUUUUGUUUUUAUGCUUUAUGACACGGUUGCAUUUUGUGAAAACCUAUUAUGGUUCCUUUCAUGUAACAAAAUCUACAAAAUCUUCUCCGCCAUCAUCUCUUUUAAAAAGAAAUAUAACAGAAGGAAGUUUGUGGCUCACUCGCUAGGAAUGGUGGCUGUAUCUUGA